AUGUCUGAUAUACCGUUUGGUCCCUGCUACAUUAUCAACGUACAAGGUGGACUAGCUAUGGAUCUUGACCUCUCGGACCCGAAGGGUGACCACUAUGGAAACGGGUACAAAGUCUGGAGCCGCAGAUUACACGGCCGGGAAAAUCAGCAGUGGCUAUUCAACCAUAAGAAAACUGGCGGAUGGACUGUUAAAAAUGUAGCUAGCCACACGUAUCUCGGAUUCGCGACGAAGCAGCAGCCAGAACAUACGAAACAACUGGUUUGCAGCGUAGAGCGGCCAGAAUACAAUAUUACCGGAAACAAGUGGGAUGGCUACGUAAUCAGGGCUCGUUCGCCUGAUCCCAAAAUUGUAAUCGACUUGGCUAACGGUGAUGUAAAAGACGGAACCACUAUUUUGUUCUGGUUCGAAAAUGGAGGACAGAACCAAAAAUGGCUCAUCAUGCCACUACUUUACCGUGAACAGCUCUUCAAUAAUUUUGUCCACUCUGAGCAAGCCAUGGGAAUAAUAAUGCGAAUCCUCAAUGUCAAGACAGGACUUAUGUUUGACGGCGGAGAUCCUAAUGAUUGGCUAUAUGGAUGGACCUGGAGGGGCCAUACUCAACGUCAUGACUGGCUAAUCAAACGUGGGAAAACGGGUUUUCUCAUCCAAGAACACCAAACAAAGAAAUAUCUAAAAAUCACAGAGGACAAUUGGCUGAAACUAUCAGUCGAUGAUGGUACCGAGUUUUUGUUUGACGGAGACGAAGAUCACGGCUUCUUCAUCCUUCUUGCUGACGACCUUAAUCGUGCGGUCGAGCUCCAGGGUGGCUCAGCCAAAGAUGGAACAUGGGUUCAAGUCGCCUGCGCACGCCGAAACAGGCUCGUGGCGUCAUACUCGUCGACCGAGCGCCACCCUCCAUGUUUCGACGGCCAUCGUCUUCUCGCCCUCGUACUACCUGUGACGUGUCUACAGGCGCUCUUGCAGCCGAAAACGGCUCGCCGACCCUCUCGCCUGGUGGUCUCGCCACAGGGCAUGUGGUGGCUCAUUCCCACUCACGAAGACGAGCAGCCGUGUCUUCCAGCGCGAAUCUCCCACACCGCAUCCCAACCAUUCCGCUAUUAUAUCGCUUGGUUCGUUGCUGCCCUGCACAACGUUUCCAACAUGAUCGUUUCUAUGCCUGGGAGUACAGAAUAUUCUCAAGAGUUGUUUGCCUUUGGUAUUCCCAUGUGGGUCGUCCAUUUCGAGAUUACCGAGCCCGUGAAUAGCUGA